UUCAGAGGCUCUCAUAAGUUGUACUUAGCAGCGUUGGCCAGUCGUUGUGUCUGAUGUAAUAGAAAAACGAUAUUUUAUUGCAUAUCGACUUUAAGAGUAUAUUAAACAUAGUGCAUUGUUUGAAUGAAAUCAAUUGAAUUGAAUUGGUUGAAUGAAAUUGGCUGAGUUGAAUUUCACUGCACACAGUCACGUUAUUCAUGGACACUUUUCUACAUUUUCAAGGCCAGUAUGUGUCUUAUUAACUUAAACAUGAUUCUGAGAAUGUUAAAGCUAUUUUAAUUUUUAUUCAACAUCAAAGCUUCAUUGUUUUCCGUUGUGCUUAAUAUUGAUUUAUAUUCUUAUUUCUUAGCUUGGUGCAAUUUCACCCUGAUCCGACAAAACUGAUGUUGUUCUCAUCGUCAGCUGAUAGUUGCAUUCGGAUUUGGGAUCUCAGUACUAGCACGUGCAUUUCGACGCUAAAAGGCCACUACAGUAAUGUGACUUCUCUAUCAUUCUUCGAAGACAACGAGAAAAUGAUCAGUGCUGGACGUGACAAAGUUGUAAUAUUGUGGGAUCUUGCCACAAGGAAAUCAUUAAAAACUAUACCAGUCUAUGAGGCAGUGGAAUCUGUGAUUGUUCUGCCACGUGACAAGGAAUCAGAAUGGUGCAUGACAGCAGAAGAGGAACAAAAUGUUAAGUUUAUAACUGCUGGUGAAAAAGGCAUCAUUCGGGCAUGGAGUGUUCGUGAUGGCAAGUGCAUCUUUGCCCCAGAGAGAUCUGCCAGUAAACCCGUGGACAGUAAUUGUGAAAACCCUGCUCCUUCAUCAACGGUUAUCCAGUGUGUCCUCAAUGAAGCUCUUAAUUGCAUUAUUACUGUUUCCGAUGACCAAAAUAUUGUCCUUUAUGACUUGAAUUCACUGAAAAUCUUAAAACAGUUUGUCGGACCCCUGGACGAAGUUCUGGACUUAAAGUUUGUGGGGGAAGAUCAUUCCCUUCUAUCGAUCGCAUCAAACAGCCCUGAUGUUAAAGUUAUUGACAGAGAAACCAUGGAUUGCAGAAUAUUGAAUGGACACACAGGUUUGUUUUAAAUUGCGAUUUUUGACAGUGGAAACGCUUAGAACUUCCAUUGUA